AGUACCUCCACAUAUAAAAUUCUUUGUAAAUGGAAAGUAGACGAUCGACGAUCGAUUGCCAAACUAUUAUAAACUAAAAUGUCGUCAAACGAAGAAUCGACACUUUUUGCUAUUUAUACACUCGGGUAUACAUUUUUUAGUCUGGUUAUGAUAGCACCACCUACUGAAUUUGUGGCUGCCGGUUUGACAGUUCAAAAUAUGUUGGCAAGUUUCCUUGGGAGUGAAGAACUUGGUUUUAUCUACUUUCACAUAAAAAGAACAGCAGCGACACUGUUGAUUCAUUCAUGUUUUCCAUUAGGUUAUUUUCUAGGACUAAGAUAUGUCUCGCCUCUUCAGCAUCUUUAUUGGUUUCCUUACUUUGCAUGGUACUGGCAGAUAUAUUUGACAAUAAGCCUCUUUAUUAUUAUAUGUGCAUCAGCUGUUGUAUUUUAUUGGUCUACAGGCAAUUGGUCAAGACAUCCGAUUGCUAAAGAACUUAGUUAUCUUACUAAUAAUGCAGGAAGUUGGAGAGCAGUGGCAUCCUCUAUAAAUGUGGAGUUCCGCCGUUUUGACAAAUUUACAUCCGGCCCACAUGGGAGAAGAGUUAUUGUCACAGACUCAUGGGUUAUGAAAACAUCCACAUAUUUUUUAAAUAUAGCACAUCAAAAUGAUAUUCAUCUAACUUUAUCCAAAUCAGAAGAACAUUCUCUUUCCUAUGAAAGUAUGACAUCGGUGCAGUAUCUGAAUAUCUCAGUAGUUAGUAUCAACAAGAAAGUUACACCAUUUCAAAUCAGACUUAACUCAUUGGAAUACAGAGAUUUGAAAGAAAAACUAUCAGGGCCAAUUAGAAAUGCUAGAAACAUUGUAAUAAAACAAUCUUUAAGUGACCAGUUUUUGGAAGCGUUCCAUGAACAAGUGAAUCUCAAUCAUGACUUUCGUUUGCCUUUAAAUAUGGAUUGUGAUAACUGUAUUGGAUGUAUGCAGAAAGAAUCAGAUGUGAAGCUUGUAAAACUUUGUGAUGAUCAAGAAGCUGGAAAUUGUGUUCAGUGUUUCUGUCGACCUAUGUGGUGUUUAGAAUGUAUGGGUAAAUGGUUUGCAAGUCGUCAGAAUCAACAAAGACCAGAAAUAUGGAUGAGUGGAAAAUCACCCUGUCCGACAUGCAGGGCAACAUUUUGUGUUUUAGAUGUUUGUAAAAUUGUUAAAUAAAUGUUCAAAUACAUAAAAGACUGUAUUUCAAAACUUGUA